AUGGCAUUGUCCAGCUCAAUUGCUUGUCCAUUGAGCUUGCCGUUGUCCUGCUCUAAUACCACUACUGUUGAAGAUCUCUGUUGUUUUGAAUACCCUGGUGGUACUGUUCUUCAAACCCAGUUUUGGGACUACGAUCCAGCUACUGGUCCAAGUGACAAAUGGACUGUCCACGGAUUGUGGCCAGAUAACUGUGAUGGAACCUAUGAGCAGUACUGUGACAAAUCCAUGGAGGUGAGCAACGUCUCAGCCAUCAUUCAGGCCCACGAUUCGGCACUUUUGGCAGAGAUGCAAACCUACUGGAAGGAUUAUCAAGGUGACGACGAGAGCUUGUGGGAACACGAAUUCAACAAGCAUGGUACCUGCUACUCCACCUUGAAGCCAACAUGUGGUAACUUGGGGGAGAACAACGAGAACGUGUACCAGUACUUUAGAAUUGCCAUGAAUCUUUACAGCAAGCUUCCAACCUACGACUGGCUUGCAGAGGCUGGUAUUGUUCCAACCAACGACAAGACUUACACAAAGGAUGAGAUUAUCAGUGCCUUGAAGUCCAAGUCUGGAGCUGAACCAUAUAUUGGUUGUAACAGUGAUAACGCUAUUGAUGAGGUCUGGUACUUCUACCACCUUCAAGGAUCUCUCCUUGGUGAGGAUUUUGUCGCAAUUGACACCUUGACCUCUUCAAAGUCUUGUUCAUCCACCGGUAUCAAGUACGUCCCAAAGAGCUCUAACACUGUCACACCAGCUUCACCAUCAAGCACUGGCUAUGUCAAGCUUACAGGACAGAACGGUUGUCUGAUCAAAAAUGGAAAGUGGUACGUCAGUGGUACCUGUGCCACUUACACGUUGACUCAGCUGUCCACAGGCUCCUACACCUUGAAGAGCAAAGCUGGAUGGUGUACCAUUGAUUCAAAGACCCUACACUGUGGAUCCGACGUCUCCUCACCAUUCGAAUUCGAAUUCGAUAUCGAUUCUCAGAUCUUGGUCGCCAACGGUGGCACCCAAUUCAGCGCCGCCAAUGUCCCAACCGGUACAGAACAAGUCGAAGUCACUCAAGGCGAAGGUGCCGUCAACUUUGAGCUCCAGUGGAACUCUUGGGACUGCUAGUUUAAGUAUAUAACAUCAAC